AGAAGCCACAGCUGCAGGAGGAGGAGGAGGAACCGGGCCUUGGGGCUGGCUGGGCGGCUGUGGGGCCCGGCAGCAGCAGCCGCAGCCGCAGCCGCAGCCGCCUCGGCGGCCCCUCGCUCCUCCUCCUCCUCCUCCUCCUCCUCCGAGCGGCCACCUCCCAGCCCCCGGGCCUCCCGGGCUCGGCGGAUCGGCGAGCUUGGCCCGAUGGAGCUGCACAUUCUGGAGCACCGGGUCCGGGUGCUGAGCAUCGCGCGCCCGGGACUCUGGCUCUAUACGCACCCGCUUGUCAAGCUGCUCUUUCUGCGGCAGCGGAGCCGGUGCAAGUUUUUCAGCCUUACAGAAACCCCAGAAGAUUACACUCUGAUGCUGGAUGAAGAAGGAUACAAAGAGCUGCCCCCGUCCGAGUUCUUGCAGGUGGCCGAGGCCACGUGGCUGGUGCUCAACGUCCUAUCUAACAGCAGCUCAGCCACCGAUUUUCAGGCCGUCGGCGUCACCAAGAUCGCGCGGUCAGUCAUAGCUCCCCUGGCUGAGCACCACGUCUCGGUGCUCAUGUUGUCCACGUACCAGACAGACUUCAUCCUGGUCCGGGAGCAGGACCUGCCUGUGGUGAUCCAUACUCUGUCCCAGGAAUUUGCCAUCUACCGGGAGGUCGAUGGAGAGCCCGUGCCGGUGGCCUGCGAUGAUGCCAGCAACGGCUUCCACAAAGCCAGACUGGGCCCCAGCCCCACUGUGCACCCCAUCCAGAGCCCCCAGAACAGAUUCUGCAUUCUCACGCUGGACCCUGACACCCUCCCUGCCAUUGCCACCACGCUCAUGGAUGUCCUCUUCUACUCCCACAGUGCUUCAAAGGAGGGGUCUUCUGAUGACCCGGACCUUGACUCCAUCCCCUUCUUUGCCUUCUCCCUGAUCGAGGGCUACAUCUCUAUUGUGAUGGAUGCAGAAACACAGAAGAAGUUUCCCAGUGACCUGCUGCUCACUAGCUCCUGCGGAGAACUCUGGAGAAUGGUUCGAAUCGGGGGCCAGCCCCUGGGCUUCGAUGAGUGUGGGAUUGUGGCCCAGAUCGCGGGACCCCUGGCCGCUGCGGACAUCUCUGCCUACUACAUUAGUACCUUCAACUUUGACCAUGCCCUGGUACCUGAGGAUGGCAUCGACAGUGUCAUUGAGGUCCUCCAGAAUCGCCAGGAGAGCCGCUGUUAGUGACUGGAUCGGGAACCUAUGUCCCUGUGGCUCAGGCUGGUGGACACUCCCCUGCCACUGUCCUCUUCUUUGGUGGGGUUCUGGUGUCUCCAAAGGCUAAACCAAAGCUUUGCCCCAUGGCAGUGGGGGCUGGUCUGGUGCCCCCUCUGUUAGGUAUGCAUGAGGGGGACAUCCCCUGGGACCACCUUUCACUCUAAUUUUAAGUAGUUGGUUUUCUGGUCCUGUUGUGUGAGCAGGUGCCUGGGGUAGGGGACUGGACACCCCAGGGACUAGGGGUAGGAGGAGAGAUGAUCUCAAGCCUUCCCUCCCAUCCUUUGGAACCUGGGUCAUUUUCUUGACCUCCUCUUGGAGCAGGCCCUGCUCUAAGGCCCAGCCCCCAGUGGGUGGGGAUUAGGGAGGGCCCUCACUCUAGGCCAGAGCUGGCUUCCUUCAGUCCUUGUUCCCCAUGUCCUCCCCUGGAGGGCAGGAAAGCUAAGAGGCCUGGCCUCUACUGCACAAAACACUCAUGUGUGCCUUAUCCGUGAAGCUUUGUGGGCUCACUGUGUGCCCACAAAGUGGAAUCAUGGUGCUGUAGAAGGCUUCACUUAGGAAGCCUCAAGCCUUGACACUCCCCUGCCCCAGCCCUUGGUAAAUGUCUUUGCACAUACUCCUUCCGUGUGGGGCUGGGGGCUCUCUGGGAGGGAGAUCCCUCUCUCUUUCCUUCCCCGCUUUCAGCAGCCCUCUC